CCGAUCGUCGCAAACGCAUCAACCAUCGCAAACGUACUUUGGCCGUCGCGUGAGCGUGUGCGCGCGCUCGUCUAUUCUAUCUGUCCGUCUAUCUUGCUAUCCGUCUGUCCGCUGCUACUUCGCGCGGCACCCGUCUCUCGUUUUCGUCUCUCGAAAUUCGCGCGUGACUCUCCGCGUCUCUCGCGCGUUCCUCAGUGCAGUGCGGUGGUGUUGCCCGGCGGUGGCGAUCCGGCGCGCAGAUUCCACACGUUCGUUAAUCCCUUCCCUCGCCGCCCCUCCUCGCCCCGUCGAGAGUGAGACCGACCGACGGCGUCGUGACGCGAUGUCCUCCUUCAAGGACGAUAAGCCGUGCGCCCGGCUCUGCCACAUCGUCAAGUGGGACGAUUUCAACGGCUACGGCUUCAACCUGCACGCGCAGAAGGGUAAGAACGGUCAGUUUAUCGGCAAGGUGGACGACGGCUCGCCGAGCCAGGCGGCCGGUCUGCGCCAGGGCGACCGGAUAAUCGAGGUCAACGAGAUCGACAUCGCGAACGAGUCCCACAAUCAGGUGGUCGAGCGCAUCAAGGCGUUCGCCAACGAGACCAAGCUGCUGGUGGUCGAUCAGGAGGCGGACGAUUACUUCAGGGAGAACAAUAUCGUCAUCAAGGGCACCAUGCCCAACGUCAAGGUGAUCAAGACGCCGGAGAGGAAUCCCAACAGCGUGGAGGAUCGCUCCGACGGCAGCAACUGCUCCAUCGACGAGAACACACAGAAGUCUAUCGACUCGAACGACACGGCGCACAGCGACAGCACCACCGUCGCGCAGACGACGACCGGCGGCGGCAAGGAGUCCGACAUGCGGGAAAACGGCAACGGCGGCGUGAACCACGUGCACGGCACGGGUAACGGCAGCCUGGGGGUCGGGGACGGUACGAAUAACAGCGAGCCCCGAUCUCAGGGCCUGAACCUGACGAUGAGCGCGAAGGAGCUCAGGGAGAUGCUGGCGCAGCGCAAAAAAUACGACCCGAAGAAGGAGUCGAUCGGCUUCAAGGACAAAUUCGACAUCGUGCAGAAACUGUAGACGCGUGCGUCGUCCGCCCUCGUGCCUCUCCUGUGAAACUCGUCGGUGAUCCUUCAUUCCUUUAUUUCUUUCUUUUCCGCUCGUUAUCGCCCGUCGAGCGCUCGGCGACGUCGACGACGGUUCCCUUCCUACGAUGUAACGCAUUUUGUUGUAACCGAUCAAAUUGUUGUAAUAAAUACACGAUUGUUUAGACUAUCGUGGACAUUGACAUCGCGAUAUCGUAACAUAAAUACAUUCAUCCGCGGCGCACCAAGGACGCCGCGGAGAGUAUUAGGACUAACGAAAAAGGAGAUAACGCCGUUUGUAUAAGUACUCUCUAA